GGGUACUGGUACAAUAAAAUAUUUUAGGCGUUUCAUUAGUUAAAAAUCGGUGCUUGAUAGCGCUUCUAUUGCGGAAAACUUACAAACGUUCUUAUAACUUUACAAAGUAUAAAGUUUAAUAUAUAAUGCAGGAGAGUUUAGUACUAUUCGUGCUACUUGUUUUGUUUGCAAUCCUUGUGAAAUCACGAAGUGUUCCUGAAGAGAGAUUUGCGUCGUUUUCAAGAUAUGAAUUCACACGAAAUGCUAUCAAAGAAUUUGAAGAAAGAAUUCGUUUGGGAGCAAUCUUUCUGAAUGAGAAUGAAACUUUAGCCAAUGAGAUUAUAAUGAAGCACAAGACAGAGGAAAUCCAAGCUGGACUCAAUAAUUCUGCAGAUUUCCUGGCUUCCCAUCAUUUUUUCAAAGUCAAAGAUAAAAUUGAAGAGAGUGAAGUGUUCAAGUUCAUCCAGAAAAUGCCCAAAGGGGCCAAUCUUCAUGGUCAUAGCAGUGCUAUGGUAUCUUUAGAGUGGCUCCUUAAGAAUGCAACAUAUCGUCCUGGAGUGAUUCUCUAUACAGAUCCUAACAACGUCACCAAAUUGACUUUCCGACGACCUGAUCCUCCCACUCAGUGGUACUACCUAGCCGAUCUGAGGAAUUCAUCAGGCGAUAUAGAGGCUUUCGAUAAGUGGUUGGAGAGUAAAUUAACACUCUACACUCCCACUCCUGAGACAGAUUACCCAGACAUUGAUGUAGUUUGGACGAGAUUCGAACAUAUGUUCAGUACAAUUCAUGAACUCCUUCGAUAUCUACCACUCUUCCUAGACAGCUACAGGCAGAUCCUACAGGAACUCGCUGAUGACAAUGUCAUGUACACAGAAUUUAGAUCAGGAUUUGGGGAUCUCUAUGAUGAUGCUGGAAAGACUUACGAUGCCGUUGAACAAACUGAGCUCCUCAUAAAUCUCGUGGAAGACUUUAAAAAGGAAAAUCCGAAUUUCUUCGGGGCUAAGGCCAUCGUAUCUGGCAGCCGAAAUCAACUUCUUCAGGGAAAUAUGAGAGACAUUGAGGCUUUUAUUACCCUCAAAGAACGUUUCCCUGAUUUUAUUGUGGGCUUUGAUGUUACAGCUCAGGAGAAGAAUCACAAUGCAAAUUUCAAGUUCAUUGAAGCUCUGCAGAGACUGCCAAGAGGCACUAAAUUUUUCUUUCAUGCGGGAGAAACCAAUUGGUACGGGACUAAUGUCGAUGAGAAUUUGAUUGAUGCUAUUCUGAUGAACACGACCAGGAUCGGUCAUGGUUAUGCCCUCCUUAAACAUCCUUAUUUGUUGGAGACUGUGAAGAAACAGAGGAUUGGGAUUGAAGUGAAUCCGAUAUCCAAUCAAGUUCUCCAUCUAGUCAGUGAUUUAAGGAAUCAUCCGGCUAGUUUUUACCUGUCUCAGGGCCUUUCUGUCAGCAUCUCCAAUGAUGAUCCUGGUUUCUGGAGUGCCAAAGGACUCAGCUAUGACUAUUAUUACGCUUUUAUGGCAAUAGCUCCAGCCAAUGCUGGAUUGGAGACUCUCAAAAAAUUCGCAUGGACUUCUCUUGAGUAA